UCGGGGACCGUGACUGGGGGCAGGGCUGCGGGACCGAGCGAGGCCCGGAGUCGACGCAGAGAAGGGAGGCGAACCUGCGUGCCGAGCCCUGGGAGCCGCCGGCCCCGGCCGGCCCAGCAGUCCUGAGCCAUGGCAGUGUGGAUCCAAGCACAGCAACUGCAGGGGGAUGCCCUGCGGCAGAUGCAGGCCCUUUAUGGACAGCACUUCCCCAUCGAGGUCCGCCAUUACCUUUCACAGUGGAUUGAGAGCCAACCAUGGUAGGGACUCCAUCGACAUGGACAACCCCCAGGAGGGCACCAAAGCCACACAGCUGCUGGAGGGGCUGAUCCAGGAGUUGCAGAAGAAGGCGGACCACCAGGUGGGCGAGGAUGGCUUCCUUCUGAAGAUCAAGCUGGGCCACUAUGCCACUCAGCUGCAGAACACGUAUGAGCGUUGCCCUAUGGAGCUGGUGCGCUGUAUCCGACACAUCCUCUACCAUGAACAGCGCCUGGUGCGAGAGGCCACAGAUAGCCCCUCCCAAGUUAGCAGCCUGGCUGAUGCCCUCUCCCAGAAGCACCUGCAGAUCAACCAGACCUUUGAGGAGUUGCGCCUGGUCACUCAGGAUACCGAGAACCAGCUGAAGAAGCUUCAGCAGACUCAAGAAUACUUCAUCAUCCAGUACCAAGAGAGCCUUCGCCUGCAAGCCCAGUUUACUCAGCUUUCACAGCUGAACCCCCAGGAGCGCAUGGCCCGCGAGCCCACUUUGCAACAGAAGAAGGCCUCGUUGGAAGCAUGGCUGCACCGGGAAGCCCAGACACUGCAGCAGUAUCGUGUGGAGCUGGCUGAAAAGCACCAGCAGACGUUGGCCCUCCUCCGCAAACAGCAGACGAUCAUCCUGGAUGAUGAGCUGAUCCAGUGGAAGAGGCGGCAACAGCUGGCAGGGAACGGUGGGCCCCCUGAGGGCCCUUUAGAUGGUCUGCAAGCCUGGUGUGAGAAGCUGGCCGAGAUAAUCUGCCAGAAUCGGCAGCAAGUACGUCGUGCCGAACACCUGUGCCAACAGCUACCCAUUCCUGGACCUAUUGAGGAGAUGCUGGCAGAGCUCAACAGCACUGUCACUGACAUUAUUUCUGCCCUGGUCACUAGCACCUUCAUUAUUGAAAAGCAGCCUCCCCAAGUGCUGAAAACCCAGACCAAGUUUGCAGCCACAGUGAGGCUGCUGGUCGGCGGAAAGUUAAAUGUGCACAUGAACCCCCCACAGGUGAAGGCCACCAUCAUCAGUGAGCAGCAGGCCAAAGCCCUGCUCAAGAAUGAGAGCACCCGCAACGAGAGCAGUGGCGAUAUCUUGAACAACUGCUGUGUGAUGGAAUAUCACCAGGCAACUGGAACACUGAGUGCUCACUUCCGCAAUAUGUCCCUGAAGCGGAUCAAACGUUCAGACCGGCGUGGUGCCGAGUCAGUGACGGAGGAGAAGUUCACCAUCCUCUUUGAGUCCCAGUUCAGCGUUGGCGGCAACGAGCUUGUCUUCCAGGUGAAGACUCUCUCUCUGCCCGUAGUGGUGAUCGUGCAUGGCAGCCAGGACAACAACGCCACCGCCACGGUGCUAUGGGACAACGCGUUCGCUGAGCCAGGCCGCGUGCCCUUUGCUGUGCCCGACAAGGUCAUGUGGUCCCAACUGUGUGAGGCCCUCAACAUGAAGUUCAAGGCCGAGGUCCAGAGCAGCCGAGGGCUCACCAAGGACAACUUGCUCUUCCUCGCCCAGAAGCUCUUCAACAGCAACAUUAAUCACCUCGAAGAGUACAACAGUAUGGCUGUCUCCUGGGCUCAGUUCAACAGAGAGAACCUUCCAGGACGAAAUUACACAUUUUGGCAAUGGUUCGACGGGGUGAUGGAAGUCCUGAAGAAACACUUGAAGCCACAUUGGAAUGACGGGGCUAUCCUAGGUUUUGUCAACAAACAGCAGGCCCAUGAUUUGCUGAUCAACAAGCCAGAUGGGACCUUCCUCCUAAGGUUCAGUGACUCUGAGAUUGGGGGCAUCACAAUUGCCUGGAAGUUUGAGAAUGCUGAACGAAUGUUCUGGAACCUGAUGCCCUUCACCACCCGCGACUUCUCCAUCCGCUCCCUGGCGGACCGCCUCGGUGACCUCAAUUACCUCCUUUAUGUGUAUCCUGAGCGCCCCAAGGAAGAAGUCUUUUCCAAAUACUACACACCAGUCCUUGCAAAGGCCGUGGAUGGAUAUGUGAAGCCACAGAUCAAGCAAGUUGUGCCAGACUUUUCCACCACCUCAGGAGACUCUGCAGGGGGAGGGACUACUUAUAUGGAACAUGUAGCAUCCCCAGCUAUUGGCUCCACCUCCCACUACAACUUAUAUCCACAGAACCACGACUCUGUACUAGAUACAGAAGGGGACUUGGAUCUGGAUGAUUCGAUGGAUGUAGCACGACAUGUGGAGGAACUUCUGAGGCGCCCCAUGGACAGCCAGUGGAUCUCACAUGCACAGUUAUGACCCUGCCCGUCCUCCCCUGGAGAGACCAUACAGAGACUGUGAAACAUGGGGUGGGCAGGGUGCUUCUGACGGGGGUGCAGCUGCAGUGGGGGAAGCGUUUCCUCGCCCUAUAGGGGGGCAGGCUUGCCCUGCUCUGUCUGAAGGGGUGUCUGAAGGACAAGUGGGUGUUGUUUCUCCACUUGCCCAUGUACAAAAAACAGUGAAGUGUAUUGCUUUGUUUUUCCCAUCUGCUCUUCUGAGAGGCCUCCCCCCCACCCCACCCCCAGGCCUUUUGCUUCAAUGCACCGCAAGUUACUGCCAAGCUACUGUUUUUUGAGGUUCGUUUGUGUUGAGAAUCAUUCCCUCCCCUCCUCUUCCUCGUCCCAGAAUUCCAACACAACUGCCAUACUUUACCCUGAAGCCUUUUGCGCCUUUGAGGGGGAAGGCAGUCUGAGCUGUGGAGGAGAUGUAAGCCUUAUUUGGAGUACCCCCCCCCACCCCCGUGUCUGGCGUUUCUUUUUUCUCAGCUGUGCCCAGGAUAAACGGUGUGUGUGCCCAUAUUUGGCAUGCGUUCCCUGCGCACUGGCACGUGUGUGGUGUGUACAAAAAGCACUGACUCUGUGGGAGAUGUGCUUCUAGUUGAACCUUUUAGACAUGCAAGCCUGGUCGCCUCUGGAUCCUCUGAGCUGAUGGACCCACCCCCCUGUUGUCUUUUGCCCCCACCCCCAUUUCUCUCUUUUUUGGCUUGUUGCAGAAUAACUGCUAGCCUCUUAAUCGCUGCAGCUAGCACCUUAAGCUUUCGUUGUAUCCAACGUUUUGCUCUCUAGGUAGCCCAAGUUCAACAAAUUGAGAGUGGGGUGUUGUUUUUUUCUUUCUUGUCUCUCUUUUAAAAACAAUUGAAAGCCAAGUGCAAAAUUAAAAUCAGAAAUAAUGGUUCUCUUAAGUGAGAUGAGGGUAAAGUCAGAAACAAGUCCAAGGGUUUCCUUGCUGGUUUUAAAAGGAAAGAGAUGGGAUGCCCUGAGUACAGAAUUGGAGGUGGGUGGGCAAAACUUGCCUGUUCCGCUUCCACCCCUCACCUGGCUGGGGAAGAACAGCUCCCUACAAGUGUUAUUUUUAUAUCCGCUAGUCAAUAAAAUUGAAACUAUUUUAACACAAA